AUGCCAAGCUACUUUUCCAGAACGGCAGGGAUUCUGAAAUACGUGAGGGAAUCAGAAGCCGGAGAUUUGACCUUUGUGACGCAGCCGGAAAACCAAACCGCUUAUGUGAUAAAGUGUGAACACUGUGGAGAAGAGAUGUCGCCUUCACUGGAGGAAAUGUACUUGUUUGAUGCUGAGACAGAGAUAAAGUAUUGCUGUGACAAGUGGCAGCAACUACACAUGCUUCUGGUGAACAUGACAAACAUUUGGGAUAACUGUCAAGUGCCUCAAGACGUCACCGCGCCGAGCAAUGUGAACUUCAAGAGAGAAAACAACCAAUUAUUGAAUUCUGCAAAAGAGGUUAAUUUGGAGUCAAACAAAUUUGGAGAUUUUAUGUUUGAAGUGCCAAUAUUUGACAACGAUCCUCAAGGCGCAAAUGUCAGGUGUUUCCGACUGUCCCGCCCCAAACACGGGAGCUGGGUCAGACUUCACAAGAUCGACGAAAGGACGCCGUUUAGAGAAUCAAACUUGAACCCGCAUGAAAUCUCUGCCCCCCCGUGUGAACAUAAGCCUCUGGAGUUCGGCUUAUGUCAUCAUCAGGACGGCUUUGUGGAUAAAUAUUACACUGACGGCCACAAAUUCCUGUCGGUCCUGGACGACGGCUCGACCCAAGUCUUUUACCCCUCUGGGCUCCUGGCCGUGCUCCUCGUCGUGACCAGAGCGCACGGAAGAGUCUGCAUCGUGUACGACGAGAGCUCGGAUCGACAAAUCAGAGCCCUGUUCCAGUCGGAUGGAAAAGGCACAUGUUACCACAGCAACGGCAGCAUAUGGUUGAAUCUUAAUAAACAUGGAGGCCAGUGUUUGGAUCCAGAGGGCAGCAGGGUCUGCAGAUGGACAUGGCACCAAAGCGGCUCCGCUCCUCUCAAACCCAUCUUCUUCUUCCUCAACCCCGGAGUGGGGGUUCGACUUCUGGGAAAGAAGCAGGUUUUUGUGUCCUUCCUGGCGAACGGCAAACAGGCCAAGUUCAAUGUCGGGGCGUGGUGUGAGAAGGUCACGGUUGAACUUCUCACGUUGACGUUAGCUGCAGCUCAGAGGGGCUGUGUUCUCAUUACAUCAUUCAACUCCAGUCUAAAGAUCCCAGUGUGGCUACCAGAGUGCUCACAAAAGUACCUGUAA